CCUGCAGCCCUCCGUCUCCAGUACGAGAUUGGAACACGCAACCACAGGUCCACAGGCGAUGAACGGUGAAGAUCUGGAUAAACUGUACACUAACAAUGAACCGCGAAAACAUGGGAAAACAAGGCAAAACAAAUGAUAAUUUAUCCUCGAUUCGGAAUAGGGACAAGAUAAAAUGAAUUUGUCGUGGGAAAACCAUCAUUCUUUCUUUUUCUCAUUUUAUGCCAUUCUCCUUGGACGCUGAGCUGGUAUAAAGAUCUAGGAACAGCUGGAGCCGGUGAUAAUGGAACAGGGAUGUUGUCACCUGAGUAAACGAAGUUUAUCGUUUAUGGAAUAUAUGGAAAAAGCUUGACUUGAAUAAGACAAUGGAAAGUAAGUAGUUGGAGAGCCGUUAUCACUUUCUCAUCACACGGGAGUUCUAUAUCCAGAAGAUCAUCCGCUCAGGAGAUGUGUCUCAUAUUUUUUUCUGGAAUAAUGCAGAAGAGACGAGACCGUCGUCAAAUAUGAUUCGUGUCUGACAAAUUCGCAGGUUUGAGUGAUAAGCCUAUUUCUAUUGUUGACUAUUAAAUAUAUUGUGACUGCGAAUCGGUAAAGAGAUGACAACAGUUCAAUUGUCAGUUUUUGAACUGGUUUAACAUACCAUUAAUAUGAAUGGUAUUUUUCUAUAGUAGUUUCUCUAGGUACAUUCCGAUUUUUUCCCCUGACAGAAACUGUAUGAUAGACGAGAAAUAAAGAGCCCCGUAGGCUACUGGUGACAUCACCCCAGUCAGAUCUACUGCUGUACAGGAAAUAUCAACAAUGGUGGAGCCUGUGGGAUUUAUUGAAGCAUGGAAAGCGCAGUUCCCCGAGUCAGACCCCCCAAAGAUGGAGCUCAGGUCGGUGGGGUGCAUCGAACAGGAGCUUGAGAAGUGCAAAGCCUCCAUCCGGCGGCUAGAGCUGGAGGUGAACAAGGAGCGCUUCCGUAUGAUCUACCUGCAGACGCUGCUGGCUAAGGAGAGGAAGAGCUAUGACCGCCAGCGCUGGGGUUUCAGGAAGGCCCAGGUGAACGAGGUAGGGGACCAGGCAGGGCUGGGUGCUGAGUCUCAGCAGCCACACGUGCAGGAACAGGGGGAGCGGAGCCGGUUCCAACCGGUGGGGGAGGCUAGGUCCAAACCUAGACUCCCUCCAGCCCGGAAGUCAGCCUCCCACGGAGACGGGCUGGAGCUCCAGUCUGCCUUCGAGGUACCCCAGCAGGUAGAGCCCUGCGAGACAGACGGCCUCUCACCCUCCAAACAGAAAGGAGGUAUAUCCCCUCGCCGCCAAAAUCCACCCCCGAACAUGGACCUACCGUCUGACCCCAAUGACAAGCUUGGCAUGGGACUGGGGGUGGCAGCGCUGAGGUCUAACUUUGAGAGGAUCAAGCGGGCCAACUCUCACUCUGCCGGGGAUGGAGGGAAGAGCCAGGAGAAGCAGCAGCCCUUCUACACCAACAUGGAGUUCCACCAUGACAGGGGCCUGGUCAGGGUCAAUGACCGAGACGUCUCUGACAAGAUCAGCACCCUGGGCAGCCAGGCCAUGCAGAUGGAGCGCAAGAGAUCUCUGCACUCCCUGCCAGGCAACCUGGCCACUGUGGCAGGUGAGCUCCGCACCCGGCCUGUCUACAGGGGGCGCUCUACAGAGAGCACCUGUGGGUACGAUGCUGAAUACGAGGAUGGGGACCCCAACCCACGCCACCCCAAGGCCAACGGGAGCAAACAGCCUCCUCCACCCCCAUGGCAACCCUCUGACUUCCAGCCUUACACCAGUGUCUACGUGGGCGGGGUGAUGAUGGGCGAGGGCGGGGGGGAUGGAAGAGGGGGCGUCAUCAUGAGGGACCACAUCGGAGAAGAGCACCACCUGACCUGGCCCCGGCGCUCCUACUCUCCCGGGAGCUUUGAGGACGUGGGGGGCGGAGGCGGCGGCUACACACCAGACUGCAGUUCCAAUGAGAACCUAACAUCCAGCGAGGAAGACUUCUCGUCUGGCCAGUCCAGCCACGUGUCACCCAGUCCCACCACGGCCUACCGCCGGCCCUUCAGGGAGAAGAGCCGCUCGCCCUCGCAGAACUCCCAGAACUCCCAGCAUUCGUUUGACAGCAGCAGUCCCCCCACGCCACAGUCCCAGAAGCGCCACCGCCAGCAGGGCCACGUGGUCAUGUCCGAAGCCACCAUUGUGAGCGUCCGCAAGACUGGCCAGAUCUGGCCCCCACUCGAUCCGAACUCCACACCGGCCAGCAGAGCUUCCCAUGACAACAGUUUCCAUGGAGACCUGGAUGGUCCGUUCACGGGGACCCCUCCCACUUACGGCUACGAUGCGGACCGUGCGGAGGAGCAGAGGCACCACCAUGACAUCCUGCCCUACAUCGACGACUCGCCCUCCUCGUCGCCACACCUCAGCUCCAAGAGCCGCAGCAGCCGAGACACCCUCUCCUCCGGAUCCCUUGAGUCCUCCAAGUCGACGGAGUUGGACCUAGAGAAAGGCCUGGAGAUGAGGAAGUGGGUUCUGUCUGGGAUCCUAGCCAGCGAGGAGACCUACCUCAGCCACCUGGAGGCACUGCUACUGCCUAUGAAGCCUCUGAAGGCAGCAGCCACCACGUCCCAGCCAGUGCUGACCAUCCCCCAGAUCGAGACCAUCUUCUUCAAAGUGCCCGAGCUUUACGAGGUCCACAAGGAGUUCUACGACAGCCUGCUUCCCCGGGUGCAGCAGUGGAGCCACCACCAGCGCGUGGGGGACCUCUUCCAGAAACAGGCCAGCCAGCUGGGAGUUUACCGGGCCUUUGUGGACAACUACGAGGUUGCUGUGGAGACGGCUGAGAAGUGCUGUCAGGCCAACACGCAGUUUGCUGAAAUCUCUGAGAACCUCAAGGUGAGGAGCACCAAGGACUUGAAGGAUCAGUCAGCCAAGAACUCUCUGGAGACUCUCCUGUACAAACCAGUGGACAGAGUUACUCGUAGCACCCUGGUACUGCAUGACCUGCUGAAGCACACACCCUCCAGCCACCCAGACCACCCCCUGCUACAGGACGCACUCCGCAUCUCCCAGAACUUCCUGUCCAGCAUCAAUGAGGAAACCACGCCCAGACGCCAGUCCAUGACUAUCAAGAAGGGAGAGAACCGCCAGCUGCUGAAGGACAGCUUCAUGGUGGAGCUGGUGGAGGGAGCCAGGAAGCUCCGCCAUGUUUUCCUCUUCACCGACCUGCUGCUCUGCGCCAAGCUCAAGAAACAGAUCGGAGGGAAGAGUCAGCAGUAUGAUUCCAAGUGGUACAUCCCUCUGUCAGACCUAACCUUCCAGAAUGCAGAUGAGUCAGAGCCUCUGCCCAUCCCCCAGGUGCCUGACGAGGAGCUGGACGCCAUGAAGGUCAAGAUCUCUCACAUCAAGAGUGAGAUCCAGAGAGAGAAGCGAGCCAACAAAGGGUCGAAGGUGAUUGACAGGUUGAGGAAGAAGCUGUCGGAGCAGGAGUCUCUUCUGCUGCUCACCUCCCCCAGUAUGGCCCUCCGAGUACACAACAGGAACGGCAAGGGUUACAUGUUUCUGAUGUCAUCCGACUACGAGCGUGCUGAGUGGAAGGAGACGAUCCGGGAACAACAGAAGAAAUGCUUCAAGAGCUUCUCCCUGACCUCCAUGGAGCUACAGAUGUUGACCAACUCCUGUGUGAAGCUGCAGACUGUCCACCACAUCCCACUCACCAUCAACAAAGAAGGCCAAGAGGAUGAAUCCCCUGGCCUCCAUGGAUUCCUGAAUGUAAUCGUCCACUCUGCCUCGGGCCUCAAACAGAGCUUGAAUCUGUACUGCACGUUAGAGGUGGACUCCUUUGGCUACUUUGCGAACAAAGCCAAGACGCGGGUGUAUCGCUAUACCACAGAGCCCAAAUGGAACGAGGAGUUUGAGAUAGACCUGGAGGGCUCUCAGACCCUGAGGCUGCUGUGUUAUGAGAAGAGCUACAACAAGACCAAGCAGAACAAAGAGGACGGAGACAGCACCGACCGCAUCAUCGGCAAAGGACAGAUCCCGCUUGAUCCCCAGACGCUCCAAGCCAAAGACUGGCAGAGAACGGUCAUCCCCAUGACCGGGAUGGAGGUAAAUCUUUCUAUGAAGUUUACCAGCCGAGAGUUCAGUCUGAAGAGGAUGCCGUCACGGAAACCCAUGGGCGUGUUCGGAAUCAAGAUUUCUACAGUGACCAAACGGGAGCACUCCAAGGUGCCCUAUAUCGUCAGACAGUGUCUGGAGGAGAUUGAGCGGAGGGGGAUGGAGGAGGUGGGCAUCUACCGGGUCUCAGGGGUAGCUACAGACAUCCAGGUCCUGAAGGCUGCCUUCGACACCAACAACAAAGACGUGUCUGUGAUGAUGAGUGAGAUGGAUGUGAACGCCAUCGCCGGGACUCUAAAGCUGUACUUCAGAGAGCUGCCAGAACCCCUCUUCACUGACGACCUGUACCCCAACUUCGCAGGAGGCAUUGCCCUGUCUGACAGCGUUGCCAAAGAGAGCUGCAUGCUGAAUCUACUGCUGUCACUGCCAGAACCCAACCUGGUCACAUUUCUCUUCCUGCUGGAUCACUUGAAGAGGGUGGCUGACAAGGAGAGCAUCAACAAGAUGUCCCUCCACAACCUGGCCACAGUGUUUGGCCCCACCCUGCUGCGGCCUGCAGAGAAGGACAGCAAGAUCCCCACCAACCCCACGCAGCCGAUCAGCAUGGGAGACAGCUGGUCCCUGGAGGUCAUGUCACAAGUCCAGGUGUUGCUGUACUUCCUCCAGCUGGAGACCAUCCCCACACCGGACAGUAAGCGUCAGAGCAUCCUCUUCUCCACCGAAGUGUAGAGUGUUCCACAGGUUCCCAUCAUGAAGACAAUGGGGGAGAGAGGGUGAGAUGGAGACGUCGACUCAAACUGAGUCUACAGUACAGUAUGUCCAUUUGGGAAGGCUACUGAGAGUGAGAAUGGCCUUUGCUGGACUGUAGCAGGAGAUGUAUUCUGCACGGAUUCUGGACAUACCUUGCAGAGGGCGCCACCACCCCUCUGAGAACAAGAGGGUGGACACCAAUCCUCUGUUGUACCACACAUAUCUGAUGACGAUAACGCAUUAAUACAUCACACCCAAUAGCCAGUGUGACUCUUUGUGCCUCUCUGACGCAACAUAUCCUCCUCUCCUCGCUCUGUCUCUUCGCUCUCAUGUCGAAGCUCCACAGCUUGUGUACGGAAUGAAUGCCACUACUGAACAUGCCUGCUGCAACCAUAAAUGAAACACUUCAAUUUGAGUCUUAUCAGCAUGUAGGGGAAAAGAGUGUCCAAGGUUUAUUUUUUGUUGUGCUAUUGGCUCCUGCUUUGUAGGCAGAAAAACAGGCGGAGCCUGCACAGCGUUGUGUUUAGCUUUUCAAAUGUUGAGUUAUUUCUUAAUCCACUGCUGAAGAGAUUCAAACCGUAUGUUUUACACAUGAUUCAUCAGGACCACAACGCUACGAGCGUUAUGUUGAAAAGGAACAUCUGGGUUUCUCUGAAGACUUUUAAACAGGAACAUCCAGAGCUGUCAGGAUCACCAGUCUAUUUGUGUGUCCCAGGAAUCCACCACUCACAACAUCAAAAAAGUGUUUACAAGAUAAACAAGCCUUGGACAAAGGCAGAGACGGGGAGACUGCAACAAAGGCAUUUGUGAAAUAGGAACAGUUGACAGAAACAGAUUAUCUAUCAAUUAUAAUAAGACAGUUUGGAGCAUAAAGCAAUUCCCCCUUUUUGUGUUCGUUGUGUUUCAAGUAGUCCUCAGCUUAAAUACCCAGGAAGCAAUAGAUGUUCUAACAUAGGAGUUUGUCUGCAUUCACAUCCUUAGUCCGGAGAUGUCCUCAUGGUAACAUUGGAGAUCUUGCCAAAAUGAUCUGUUGUUUGGGAUAAAAUAAAACUAUUGUAUUUACAGAUACAGUAUGUACAUAAUCAUAAUGCUAUAAUUGUUUUAUUUUACUUAUUUUAACAGUGUAAUAAUCAUUGUUAUGAUUAUAAUUUAUGAAGAAGAAAAACUGUGUGUGGGGGGGGGGGGGGUCUACAUGUUUUUUUCUAUGUGUUUAUUUUGAUUUGAUGAAGGUGGUAUAGGUUACAGACUUGAGUCCUGGAGGUCUGAGGUGAUGGGAGAUCAUAUGCUGCCUAUGUAACCAGGAUGUAGCCUUGUUGUGGGAAUAACUGCAGUUUUGUCCAGCCUAAUGUUAGCCAUUUAUCCGUCAUGAAGGUAAGACUCCAUCUUUGAAUGCCAAUGUCACAACCACUCUUCAUCUGUUUGAGUGUUCCAGUCCACAACCACCCACCCUGAAAUAUUGAUGUGUUACUGAAGUAGGAUACAAAACAGUACAUUUAGUUGUAUACAGAACAACAAUAACAUGUUCCCUCUCUACAAUUUACAAUAAUAACAUGUUCCCUUUCUACAACUUCCAACAAUAACAUGUUUCCUCUUUACAAUUUACAAUAAUAACAUGUUCCCUUUCUACAACUUCCAACAAUAACAUGUUUCCUCUCUACAAUUUACAAUAAUAACAUGUUCCCUUUCUACAACUUACAACAAUAACAUGUUUCCUCUCUACAGCUGUGUUGGUGGAGACAGUUAUUCUCAUGAAAAUGAAAAGAAUUAACCUGUUUCAAACAAGUUGCGCUAAAUUGUGGGCGCUCUACAUUUUAUCCAAAGUGGACCAUUCUGUUGAUGUUAUGAAGGAAUACUUGUUUAUCUUCUUUUCAAUGAAAGUGACCCAUCCUUUUCUCACCCAUAUUUAUGAGGGUGGCUGGACAGCUGUCAUUAACUGUCCUCUACACCCUUCCUUAAGCUCUUCUCCCUCCUGGUCUGCCUGAUAGUAACCCACCAAAGGGCCAUGGAAAAGAAAAUGCUCUUAGAAUAUUUUGUUUGGAAGGAAAAAAGAGAAGAUUAUAUUAGAAUGGUUUUCAUUUCAGUACCUGCAGGCAUGCAGGCAUGUUUGAUUAAUGCAGGCAUGUUUGAUUAAUGCAGGCAUGUUUUAUUAAAGUUAUUUUCUUCUGUGUGUUGUCAUAAACAUAUUGUUAUAUUGGCAGCAGGAUGUUAUCGACCAACAAGUGUUUUGGUUUUGAUAACCAAGCUUAAAAUAUGUUAUGAUAUUUAAUUCUGGCUGGAUAAUUGUUAACAAGUCAUGUGUUUACUAACUCAGUCUGUACUACUGUCUGCACUACUGAGAUUUCAUGAAGAACUCCGACAUUUUGAAGUUAGCAGAGACAUUUCCGACAGUUUUGACUGUCAGUAGCUAGUGUAAAAUCUGGCAUCUGAGUGUAUGGUUGUACAUGCAAAAAGUAGAAUUAAGACAUAACGUUUCAAAUCCUGACUUAUCCAUAUGCUAACAUAUCAAUUAAAUCAGCUCCAGUUAAUAGCCAUAGUCAUAAUUUUAGUAACACAUUUUGUCCUAAUAUAUCCUCACAUGUCCCAUACACAUAACUGUACAUUGGAGGAAGCCAUUGAUUAUGAGCGGGAAAGGCAGUGCAUUCACCAUUCAUUUGGAUCUCUUUGAUUUAUAUAAUUAGUGAUCAAUGUGACAUGCUCUGCUCCAUUGUGCCUCCGCGUUAUAGCUUUUAUUCAGAACGUAUGCCGUGGAUUUCAAUGUGUCAGUGGAAUUGCUGUAAGGGGACUUACUGGGGUGCUGUAGUCUCCCUCGCCUUUUGAGAAAACAGACCUGUCCUUAAGGCACCUAUUUUGAGACCAAUACAUGAACGUAGAGUUUGGUAUCGCACUUCAUGGCACUAUAUGGGAGAUCUCGUCUGAAUACUAUGAUACCAAGCUAAGCCCAAUUCAUUUUUGCAAUCAUACGAGACAGACACAGAAAUGCUUGGUCAAUAACCCUCACUCUGCCUUAGCUCUGUCAACAUUAGCAAAAUAACUAAUUUUCAGCUUUUCUGUUCCAGUUCUGUGUAAAAUGAAGUCUAGUGUAUUUAUGGAGAUGAAUACCCUCAUCGGAAGGAAAAUAUAUUAGUAGUAGCAAAGUGGCAAAGUGGUAUCUAUACUUAUACUAUAAAAUUCACUGUCAUGUUAUCUGACUCAUAUAUAGAUAAUAUCUCUCAAGGCUCUAUGCUAUGCUGUGUAUCGUUCAUUUGCAAGAUGUCCUUUGUUUUUUCAAAUAACUGCCAAACAGUUUGUAACCAUCUGUUGUCCUAACUGUAACUACUGUAUGUAUCAACAUGUCACUAAUCCAAAACAUGAUCUAAUUUGGAGGGGCUUGCACUUUCAGUUCCUUUUGGUUUUACUCCAGACUGCCCACUGUGAUGCUUUAGGACAUUGUCUGUGGUUUGGAAAAUAUUUGCAAGGAAAGAUGAAGGUUAUUUGAGUUUAUAUAGGUUAGUCAUCUCUCUAACCUUGUCUUAUGGUUGUACAAUAUGUAUUGUAUGUAUCAUACUAGAGACAUUGGGUUCUUAGGUUUAUUUAUUGUGAUGUUCAUCAAAGUUUGGGAAAUACAUUUAGGAUUAAUCAUAUUAAUAAAACAGUUGAGUAAUUAGGCUUCAACUGAAAGAGAAUUUGGUUAUUGAUUGUCAGUGUGAUUCCUCAUAGGGCUAGUCACUUACCCUGCCUCUUUCAUAAAAAAGUAAUAUAUGUCAACAUAAGAUUAUUCUAAAUAUGUGUACUAUGUUUUAAAGUCUAAAAAUAUGGAAUAUAUUACUCUAUGUACGACUUUAGCAUUUCAGUGUAUGCAUACCGUAUGAUGAAUGAAUAUUCAUUCUUCCAGUCCUUGUAAGUUGACAUGAGCCUGGCAAUAGGUUAUUAUAAUUCACUCCCUUAUUAAAUGUAUUUUAAAUGACCUGAAACCAUAUUUUGACAUGUUGGGAAUAUGUGGGUUUUAUUCCACAUUUUCUAGUUAAUUGUGUGAAGCUAAAAUUAUGGUACUUGCUUGUUAUCCACAAAAAAAUACAUACCUUUUUUCUGUUUUUCAAUUUAGAUUUAUUUCCUUCUGGUCAACAUACAUGUUAUGUCAUGAGUCUGUAAAAAGGGAUACUGUAGUUUGAGGAAAAUACAUGUUUGGAAGGCAUUUGCAGCCUCUGUUUGUACACAAAAUGUUAAAUAAAAUCGCUAUCUAUGUAAAAAUA